AUUCGAUCUUUCCUCCAGUGAACUUGAUUUCUAUUUGUUAAAAUAAGAGUAAGCUAAAUUUUAAAGUUUAUUUUUUAGUUAAUACUAUUUUUGUUGGUUUCAGUAAUUGAGGCGUAUUACCUAAUUUAAAAGUCAACAUGACAAUUAUCCUCCUGUCAUUAGUUUCCGUUGUCACCUUGAAUUUAUUUUUAACCACCAAUGCUGCAACUCCUGAUUGGUGGGAGGGCGCUUCGUUUUACCAAAUCUAUCCAAGAUCUUGGAAAGAUAGCGAUGGCGAUGGAAUUGGAGACUUAAAAGGCAUAACUGAAAAUUUGGAUUAUCUAACGGAAAUUGGUAUGACAGCAACUUGGCUUUCGCCUAUUUUCAAAUCUCCAAUGGCAGACAACGGCUACGAUAUUUCCAAUUUCACCGAAAUCGAUCCUAUUUUCGGGACUCUGGAGGAUAUUGAUGAUCUCAUAAGGAAAUGCAAAGAAAUUGGUCUAAAAAUUAUCCUUGAUUUUGUACCAAAUCAUUCAAGUGAUGAAUGUGCAUGGUUCAUAAAAUCGAUAAAUCGGGAAGAUGACUACGAAGAUUUCUAUGUUUGGGCUGAUGGUAAAGAAGACCCACAAAACCCCGGACAAAAAUUGCCUCCUUCGAAUUGGGAAAGCGAAUUUGGUGGUUCUAUGUGGAAAUGGAAUGAGAAACGUCAACAAUUCUACUUGCAUCAAUUUUUGGAAAAACAACCGGAAUUCAAUUACAGAAACGAAAAAGUCCAGCAGAAAAUGUUGGAUAUAUUGAAGUUUUGGCUUGAUCGUGGUGUUGAUGGAUUUAGAGUUGAUGCUGUUGCUUAUUUAAUUGAAGAAAUCAAUGCGGAUGGUUCGUAUCCUGACCAAGAUCCAAUUGCUCUUAACUAUACCCGAGAUCAAAAUGGAAGUGCUGAGUUAUUGUACAAAUGGAGAGUAUUUUUGGACAAUUAUCAAAAAGAAAAUGGCGGUGACACUAGGGUUAUGCUAGCCGAAGCCUACUCUCCAAUCGAAAAGCUUGAUCAAUAUUGUGGAAAUGGAACGCACAACGGUGCCCAUACCCCUUUCAAUUUUGAUUUGAUAUUUAAUUUGAACAAAACGUCAAAUGCAAUAAACAUAGAACGAACUGUCGACCAAUGGAUGACAGUCAUGUGGAAGAAACAUCAAGUUGCCAAUUGGGUGACUGGAAAUCAUGAUAGGUUUAGAAUUAUUGAACGUGUUGGCCAAAACAGGACCGAAUUAGUUUACUUCCUAACCCAGAGCUUACCUGGUUCGGAUAUCACCUAUUAUGGAGAAGAGAUUGGAAUGUCAAAUGUUGUCAGUUGUCAAAAUUGUUCUGAAGAAGAAAUGCGUGCUUUUGCAAGAAGUCCUUUCCAAUGGGAUGACAGUACGUCAGCUGGUUUCUCAACGUCAAAUAAUACAUGGUUGCCAGUUAGCAAAGAUUACAAAACUGUGAAUGUUCAAAAUCAACUGGAUUCAACGUCAAGCAGUCCAUUGAAAGUUUUUAUAGCAUUACAAAGUCUGAGAAGAACGGAUGCGUUCAGGGCUUUCAAGGAAAAAGAUGGUUUUAGCUAUGGUGCUCUAAGUGUCAAUGUCUUUCAAACCAUUCGUCGGUCUCCAAACGAGGAAUAUCGUGUCUUGAUCAAUUUUGGUGACAAUGAAGAGGAUAUUGGUCAACUUAUUAAUGCAGAAAAUGAAAGGGACAAUUUGAUGGAAUAUGUGGUUGUCAGUGAAAGUUCUCCACAUGAUGUUGGUUACUGCAAACAUCUUGUUCGUAACUGUGAAGUUAGAAUGUCAUUUUUCUUCCUUGGAAAUAAAGAAUCAACCGAAAAAAUGGCAAACCACAUAUUGUCAUUAAUUUUGCUAACGUUCAGCUUAAGCAACACCAUAUUGGUGGAAACUGCUGAUUGGUGGGAGGAUGCUUCACUGUAUCAAAUCUAUCCACGAUCUUGGAAAGAUAGCGAUGGCAAUGGAGUCGGUGAUCUUAAAGGCAUAACUCAAAAUCUGAAGUAUUUGAAGGACAUUGGGAUGACAGCAACAUGGCUAUCGCCAAUUUUCAAGUCACCGAUGGUGGACAACGGCUAUGACAUUUCUAAUUUUACCGACAUUGAUCCAACUUUUGGAACUUUAGAUGAUUUUGAUGAUCUCAUGAAAAAAGCCAAGGAAAUCGGCCUUAAAAUUAUUCUUGAUUUCGUGCCAAAUCAUUCGAGUGAUGAAUGUGAAUGGUUCCAUAAGUCAAUAAAUCGAGAAGACGGUUACGAUGAUUUUUAUGUUUGGGCUGAUGGUAAAGAUGAUCCUGAAAACCCUGGGAAAAAAUUACCUCCAUCAAAUUGGAUUGGUAUUUUUGGUGGUUCAAUGUGGACUUGGAACGAAAAACGUCAACAAUUCUAUCUGCAUCAAUUCUUGGACCAACAACCAGAUUUCAAUUUCAGAAAUGAAAAAGUUCAUAAACAGAUGUUAGAUGUUUUGAAAUUCUGGCUUGAUCGAGGUGUUGAUGGCUUCCGGAUCGAUGCUGUGCCACAUAUGUAUGAGAAGAUCAACGAAGACGGUUCGUAUCCUGAUGAAGAUCCAAAUAAAAAUGAGUGCACCCGAGAUCAGUAUGAGAAUGUAGAGUUAUUGUAUGAGUGGAGAGAAUUUUUGGAAAAUUAUAGAAAACAAAAUGGCGGAGAUACAAGAGUCUUGCUAGCUGAAGCUGGUUCUCCAAUCACAAUGAUUGAUAAAUACUUUGGAAAUGGAACACAUCAAGGCGCACAUUUACCUUUCAACUUUGCUAUGGCUGAUUUAAGACAAACAUCGAAUGCUAAGGACAUCGAACACAUGAUCGAUAGUUGGAUGAAAGUCAUGUGGAACAAGCAUAAAAUGGCUAACUGGUUGACCGGAAACCAUGAUAAGGAUAGAGUUUUCGACAGUGUCGGUAAAAACAAGGCUGGUUUAAUGAACUUCCUGCUGACAGCGCUACCUGGUGUGACCAUUACUUAUUAUGGCGAGGAAAUAGGAAUGUCUAAUGUCGUCACCUGUCAUCGCUCAUGUUCUUCUUCGGAAGUUCGUAAUUUUGCAAGAAGUCCCUUCCAAUGGAAUGACAAGGUGUCAGCUGGUUUCUCACCAACCAACACCACUUGGUUGCCUGUCAAUCAAGAUUACAGAAGUGUUAAUGUCAAACAUCAACUUGAAACCGCUGGAAGCACAUUAAAUAUCUUCAAGGCAUUGCAGGGUCUGAAACAAACAGAAGCAUUUAAAGCAUUUAAGAAUAAGGGCGGUUUCAGCUACGGUGCUCUGAAUGAUGAUGUACUUCAAGUGAUUCGUCGGUCUCCAAACGAUGAAUAUCGUUUCUUGAUGAAUUUUGGUGACAAUCAAGAAAAAAUUAGUGAACUUUUGAGCUCAAGCAAUGAAAAGGACGAUUUAAUGGAGUUUGUCGUUGUUAGCAAAAACUCACCACACAACGUUGGAGAAAAGGCGAAAUUAGGUGACAUUAAAUUAAACCCAUUCGAAGGAGUUGUAUUGCAUAAAGUUUGAAUAUUUUUCGUAUAGUUGAAGAUUAAUUAUAAUUCUUUUUAUUAAUAAAAUAUCGCAAUUACUAAAA